AUGGCCUAUCCUCCCGGGGAGACGCCGCCCGUCACGCGGCAAAUCAGCCGGCCGCGCGCCUGGCAGGACGCGGGAGGCGAGCCCGUGCGGCUGCGAGACGCCUCCUCGCGCCUGGUGGUGGACGCAGCUGGGGAGGGGCUGCCUUUCGGAGCCCUCUGGCAGCAGCAAAAGACGGUCGUGGUGUUCGUGCGGCAUUUCUUGUGUUAUGCCUGUAAGGAAUAUGUGGAGGAUCUGGGGAAAAUUCCCAAAGAAUUUUUACAAGAUGCAAAUGUAAGACUUGUAGUUAUUGGACAAUCAUCACACCACCAUAUUAAGCCAUUUUGUAAUUUGACAGGUUAUCCCCAUGAAAUGUUUGUAGAUCCUGAGAGGAAGAUUUAUAGAACACUUGGCAUGAAAAGAGGGGAAGCAUUCAUCGCAUCAGUACAGAGUCCUCAUGUUAAAUCCAACCUGCUAUCAGGAAGCAUUAAGAGCAUGUGGAGAGCAAUGGCCAGUCCUGCAUUUGAUUUUCAAGGAGAUCCAGCUCAGCAGGGAGGGACUUUGAUUUUAGGUCCAGGUAAUGAAAUCCACUUUGUGCAUCUUGACAGGAAUAGGUUGGAUCAUGCUCCCAUUAAUGCAGUUUUGCAGCUUGCAGGAGUUCAAACAGUAGACUUUACAAACAGAUUUCAUAUUAUUGAUGUAUGACUUAUCAGAGCAAGAAUUUCGCGGAUGGUCAGCUAAACUUGAUAUACAGCAACGGUCUAUUUGUCAGAGAUAUA